AUGCUCCGAAUAACUCGCCGGGUGUAUUGGACAGAUUCCAGAGAUGUUCUUCACUGGAUAAAUUCGGACCAUCGCCGCUACUCCCAAUUCGUAGCUUUCCGAGUGAGUGAGCUCCUCGAAAUAUCCGAACCAGCGGAAUGGCGAUGGGUUCCCACUAGACUCAAUGUGGCUGAUGAUGGAACCAAGUGGGACGGAACGCCUGACCUCACUCCGGAGAGCAGAUGGUUUACUGGUCCAGAUUUCCUAUGGCUUCCAGAAUCAAAGUGGCCACACACACCGCCUCUGCGCGCGGCAAAUACUGCUGAACUUCGCCCUCACUUACUUCUACAUCGUACGGUCUCAAUCUCAGCCGGUAUUAAUUAUGAAUUGAUCUGCGUCAGUAAGUUUUCCAAAUGGAAAUUAUUGCGGAAUUGUGUUGCUCUCGUUUUCCGAUACAUAUCCAACCUGCGACUGAAGACAAAAGAACAGCCUAUUCUGAUUGGCCCGCUUUCCGCGGACGAGCUCAACAAGGCAGAAGAAUACUUGUUUCGCCUCGCACAACACGAGGGCUUCCCAAACGAAGUAGCUAAUCUGGAUAGUAUAUGUUUAACUGAAACCACGAAGUCACUACCAAAAACCAGCCCGCUGUACCAGUUGAAUCCUCAACUGGACGAGCGGGGAGUCAUUCGGAUGAGAACGAGGAUUGGUGCGUGUCAGUUUGCCACUGAAGCUGCCAAAAAACCUAUAAUACUGCCUCGUGAUCAUCACAUAACCACCCUGAUAAUGAAGCACUACCACCACUGCAACCACGAAACCGUCAUAAAUGAGCUAAGACAACGGUUUCAUAUUCCUCGCAUUCGUGUCGGCUUCGCCAAGGCCCGCAGGAACUGCCAACGCUGUAAGAACGAGACAGCCAUGCCUCACCCUCCAAUCAUGGCAGACCUACCGCCAGCCCGGCUUGCAGCCUUCACUCGGCCUUUCACAUAUGUCGGGAUAGACUACUUUGGCCCGAUUGAGGUAGCCCUAGGCAGACGAGUAGAGAAGCGCUGGGGAAUGCUGAUCACUUGUCUGACAAUACGUGCUAUUCACAUUGAACUGGUCUGCACCCUCAGCACAAACUCAUGCAUAAUGGGUCUUCGCAACUUUGUCGCCCGCAGAGGUACUCCCAGGAAGAUCUACAGCGAUCGUGGUACGAACUUUGUCGGCGCCAGUCGCACGCUAAAGGAAGCGAUGGCAGCUAUUAACGAAAAGCAGUUUAUGGAGGAGUUCAUCAGUUCAGAAACGGACUGGAUAUUUAAUCCUCCCGCAGCACCACAUAUGGGUGGUUGCUGGGAAAGGUUAAUCCGGACGGUGAAGGCUAAUUUGAUGGCCAUUCAAUCAUCCCGCAAACCAACAGAUGAGGUGCUUCGAAACGUGCUUAUAGAAAUCGAGAGCAUCGUAAAUUCACGACCUUUGACGCACGUUCCGAUUGACAGCGAUUCGGCUCCAGCUCUUACCCCGAAUCACUUUUUACUCGGGUCAUCCGAUGGCUCGAAGCCCCUCACGAUUCUCGACAACAGUGGUUCCGCAUUGCUGCAGAACUGGCGAUCAUCCCAGAUCAUCGCAAACCAGUUCUGGAGGCGUUGGGUAACCGACUAUCUUCCAGAAAUAACCAGACGAACAAAAUGGUUCGUACACACCAAACCUAUAGUCAUCGGUGACGUAGUAAUCAUCGUAGAUCCUCAGCUACCCAGAAAUUGUUGGCCGAAAGGUAGAAUCAUCCAUACGAAGGUCGGAUGCGAUGGAUGCAUCCGGUCCGCCACAAUUCAGACGGCGAAGGGGAUUUACGAGAGGCCGGUAACGAAACUGGCAGUCCUGGAUGUUCGGCGCGAGGAACAGUAA